AUGUCUUCACAAGACGCAGAUGAAACUGAAGAAGACAUGUAUGUAUUUGUUGAAUUCGACGAUAGUGUGAAUAUUGACAAGUAUAGAAAUGUUCAUGUAUUGGGUAUUGAUUCUGAGAAUCCUAUAGUUCAGUUGGAUGAUACUUUUUUUUUAGGUACUUAUGAAAGUCCUCUAGGGACACAUAUGUUUUUUGAAGAUGAUCCAUUUGCGCAAACAAAUGAUCCACUUUUUGAUAAAUUGCCUGAAAAAAACCUGAAAUAUAUAAAUAAAUCAAGAAAAACUAUAAAAGCUGAACAUGUCUAUGUCAAAGCAAAAGAAGAAAAUGAACAAGAACAACAGCAACCUGUAGAUAAACAGAAUGAUAUAAAGCCUGUAACGUUUUCAUCAAUUGCCGAAGCUGUAGAAAAGUUCAAAAAAGAUUGGAAGAGGUCAUAUCCAGAUAUUUUCAAUGAUAAUAAAGAGUAG